GUAAACACAACAGCCGCGGUUGGCUGUGGUUAUUAUAGCUAGCUAGCUAGAGGUGUAAUUCUACUCUGGCUCUGAGUUGUUACAUUGUUAUCGAAGAAACAAGGCUAUUGUUCUGCGAUAUGUGCUGUGGUCAGCUAAUUAGGUGCUAAGAGUGUUAGCUAGCGGUGUAGCUAGCUAGUUAACGUGUAAUCUAACGUUAGCGUUUGUGACUGGCUUUUUAACUAACCUCGCUAGCUUAACGCUAGCUCGGUGUUUAUGCAAAUUAAUAGCCAUUUACUUUAAGUUGUCUAUGUUGCUAGUUACUUAUAACAUAUCCUUCUUUUAGUGUUUCCAAAAUGAUUAAUAGUAUCACAUAAAUAUUCAACAUGAUUGGCUAGUCAGGAAAUAGUAGUUAGCUAACUCAGGUGAUAGGCCAUCGGUCGACAGAAAAAAAAGCUAACGUUAACGAGUCGUCAACCGGUCUGAUCCUCCAGUCUGGUCAGAACAUAUACAAAGGAAAUUCGUCGAGAUUGAGUCAGUGUAAUCAUAUGUUGACUGAAAAUAGGAAACGGCAGCGCAGCGGUGGUGAUGAGGAGAGUGGCCACCUGGUGCCUCAAGCCAAAAGGCAAAACAGGGCUCAUCCUCUCUCUCCUGAGCCAGGCCGAGAUGCGUGGGACUCAGAGUCAUCCAACAGUGAGAGCAGCAUCAGCAGCAUCAGCAGUCCAGAAUAUGCUUCUGGGAGCUGUGGCAGUCAAUGUGUUGUGGGCCCUUGCAGCCCCCUCAGCUCCGGGGACUCCUCCGAGCUGGCCCACCCUACAAACCUGGUGUCCUACCUUCAGAUCAACCGCAUCCUGAAGCAUGCCCACUUCCAGAGCCUGCAGAGCCGUUGUCAACUUAGAGACACAUGACGACCUAAUGUCUCUCCGUCAGCCACCGGAGGACCGUGUACCUGAGGGACGCCAGAUGACCACAUGCUGAUUAACUUCACUCAGCUCUUCCCGUCUCCAGUUACUGUGAUAUCUUACAGCUCUACAUAUCUGUGGAUAGAGACCAGCUCCUGGUCAGGUAUAUGGAGGGGACGGGGGUCAUUAUUCAAAUAAAUCAAAAGUGAUAAUCAUUUUAGCAAUAAUAACUGUGUGAUCAACUUAAAAAAAAUUGUGAUCCAACGGAUUUCUGACCAGUCUGGUUUACAUGCUGCUCUCGGAGCCUUAUCGUGACUGAUAGAUGAUGAUGACGACGAAUCCCUGUGUUUUGUCUUAAAUGUUGUAUAAAAACAGUGCUACUGAAGCUGCGGAAAGAGCACCAAACACAAUUUUAGGCCAGUCAGUGUGACUUGUUUAGUCUCAUAGUAGGGUACUUGGGUUGUAUAAUGCUGAAUCUGAUGUCUGUGUAAGUACAUGGACAAGUCUCAGGGAGGAUUUGCACUCGUCUUGGACUGCUCAUUUGCUUUCAUGUUCAGACAGGGACUUCUUUACAGGGACCUGUAGAAGCCAUGGUGUUAAAUUGGCCAAGGAGGUUUUGAGGUUAUGUCUUCUGUCCUCAUUUUGUUAGUUUAUAGAUUAUUUAGAUUAAAGUUAGAUUUAGUGGAAAGUCAGGCAAUGGAAGAAGGGUUUUGGUUUUAGCACAGUUUGGAUUUCAUAAUAAUACUGCGAGAUUGGAUAUUUUGAACACUUGCUAAUUUUCCAUCCACUGCACAUAAUUGGAUAUACAAAUGUGGCUCAUUUAUCCUAUAUCUAACAAUUAUUACAGUGUGGUUAUUGUUACUGAUGCAGAUAAGCAUUUUAUGAAAAUAGUUGAUUAGUAAGUAUUUAGCAGCCUUGGUAGUGGGAUGGCUACUGUAGGUGUUGCUAUCUAACUAUCAUGUUUUUUUUAAUUUAUUUUUUUCCUGAUCAUGGAA